AUGGGCCUAGAUGGCAUAAAGAAGGCCAUGGACUUCAAUGGAAACCACUCCACUAUGACCAUGUUUGUACUCCUGGGUCUCUCAGAUGAAAAGGAGCUACAGCUCAUCCUCUUUCCAAUAUUCCUAGAGAUCUACCUGGUGAGUUUCAUCUGGAACCUGGGUCUCAUCCUCCUCAUCAGGAUGUACUCCCGCCUUCACACACCCAUGUACAUUUUUCUCAGUUUCUUGUCAUUUACAGACAUCUGCUAUUCUUCUUCCAUCAGCCCAAGGACACUUUCAGACAUUUUAAAAGAUGAAAAAAUGAUCUCCUUCAUUGCCUGUGCCAUUCAAUAUUUUGUCGUGGCCUGGAUGGGUAUGGCUGUGUGCUGUUUAUUGGCCGCCAUGACCUAUGACCGAUACGUGGCCAUUGUCAGCCCUCUGCAGUACUCAGCCAUCAUGGCUCCUGGCCUCUGUGGAAAGAUGGUGGCUGGGGCCUAUGUGACUGGCUUUCUUAGUAGUUUAUCUCAAACAGUUUCUUGCUUUAAUCUCAACUACUGUAGUCCAAAUAUCAUUCAACAUUUCUUCUGUGACUUGCCUCAGAUUAUUUCCUUGUCUUGUUCCAAUCCCUUCAUCAGACAAAGAAUUCUUCUGGAAGCCAUUUUUAUUGUGUUUGGCUCUUUGUUUGUUAUCCUCUGGUCCUGUGGUUUCAUUGUAGCUUCCAUCCUGAACAUAUGCUCAGCCAAAUGCAGUGCCAAGGCCUUCAAUACCUGUGCCUCCCGCCUGACAGCUAUGACACUCUUCUUUGGCACAGCCUUGUCUGUGUACUUGUGUCCCAGCUCUAGUCACUCCAUGAAGCAGGACAAGGUGCUAUCAGUGUUCUGUGUCAUCCUUAUCCCCAUUUUGAAUCCUCUGAUCUAUAGCCUGAGGAACAAGGAAAUCAAAGUGGCCCUCGAGAAGGUAAUAAAGAGAAGUACUCAUUAA